GCGGGCCCUGCCCCGGCCGGCCUUCCCGCUCGCGUGGCCGUCCGGCUGGAGCCUCCAGGUACGUUUAUCCAUCUUUCUAUGAAAAAAUUAAAAUGGCUUCUAGAGGAAAGACAGAGACAAGUAAAUUAAAACAGAACUUAGAAGAACAGUUGGACAGACUAAUGCAACAGUUACAAGAUCUGGAAGAAUGCAGAGAAGAGCUUGAAGCAGAUGAAUAUGAAGAAACCAAAAAAGAAACUUUGGAACAGCUGGGUGAAUUCAAUGAUUCGCUGAAGAAAAUUAUGUCUGGAAACAUGACUUUGGUAGAUGAGCUUAGUGGGAUGCAACUGGCCAUCCAGGCGGCCAUCAGCCAGGCGUUUAAAACACCAGAGGUUAUCAGAUUGUUUGCAAAGAAACAGCCAGGGCAGCUGCGGACAAGAUUAGCAGAGAUGGACAGAGACCUGAUGGUUGGAAAACUGGAAAGAGAUGUAUACACCCAACAGAAGCUGGAGAUACUGACUGCCCUGCGGAAACUUGGAGAAAAGCUAACUGCCGACGAUGAGGCCUUCUUGUCCACAAAUGCAGGCGCUGCCCUCAGCCAGUUUGAGAAAGUCUCCUCUGACCUUGGCUCUGGGGACAAAGUCCUCGCUUUGGCAAGUUUUGAAGUAGAAAAAAACAAAAAAUGAUGAGGAGCUGUGUAGAGUCCCUGGGCAUUGGUCACGGUAUAAAUGGCGCAUUUCUGUCUUCUACUGCGGAUCUAAAGUCAUCUCUGAAAACUCUAGAGAACCUGGAGCCACAUUAACAGCAUGAGAAAAGCAUAAUGGAGGCAUCCUCUGGCCCUGUCUACGUGCUUCACAUGUGUGUGUGGGCAGUGGGAGAGAGAUGUGCCUCAUGGAUGGAUGGAUGGUCUCAUUAAAACACACACACACACACACACACACACACACACACACACACACACACACACACACCCUUACUUUAGAAGGGUCUGUCUGUGGAAGGGAGCAGAGAUGAGGGAGGAGGUUAUGUCUUCACCAAGAGGCUAAAUUUCUAUGCAUCUCUGCUUUUGUUUGCUUAUGCUGAUGAUGAAUGGAGCCUAACAGUAACAACAGCUUCUUUCCCUCUUCCAACUGUCCCCUCUCUAUGGGCUUACUGCUCUAUCCAUAUCCUUACAGCUUCCCAAUUCAAUGGAGGUCUUAAAGGAGUGAGAUGAUUUGUUCAAAGUUAGUGGCAGAGUGAGUCAGGAUUAGAACCCAGAUCUCCAGACUCCCAGUUAAUCUCUUCCUACUACACCAUGCUGCCUUCAGUGUCCCCUGAAAGUGGUGUCUAUAUUUAUAGAGUCUUACUCUGUACAGUAUAAGAAAGGUAUUUGCGGAAGCCUGGCUUUUUUUGAAAACUCUGUAUCCUAGCAAAGAACAGAGCAUCCCAGCAGCCUGUCUGCUCUCCGUAUGAAUGGAAGCCAUUGUAGCUCUGAAUGUUGAGCAGGGAACAAUGGGGGCCCUGUUGGGGGGAGCCUCCUGGAGUCACCGAACCCCCCCCCCAGUUGUCUCGCCAGGGAAUCAAUAGGAAAUGGCAUCGCGAGGCCUGCCCUCUGUGACCUGUGACUGUGGCCCUGGGCCCAUCCCUGGGAGCUGCCCCUCCCUCCCUGGUAUUCCAGGACUGUGGCAUGAGCUGUCGGGAACAAGGCACCAGUGCCUGUCUUGCCAUGUUGGUGUGUGUGUGCCUGUGCGUGUGCAUGUGUCUGCGUGUGCGUGUGUGUACACACGCACUCAGCUCUUUCUCAUUUCCUUGUCUAGUGCCAUUCUUGAUUCUGUUUCCUCUACUUAGUUUUCUUAACACAUCACACAAAACAGCAAAUAUCUGUGAAGCUUUCUAUGUACUUUAAACUGCACUUUUGUUCAUGAAUGGGAAAUUCCACCUUAGGUAAAAAUUAUGCCUUCUUUAUUUUUUUUUUAGCUAGACAGUCAGGGUGUUAAGUGACUUGCCUGGGGUCACACAGCUAGUUAAGUA